UCCUGCGAUCCCCAAUCCUUACCUUGGGGGAUCGCAGGACAAGGACAAGGUAAGGAUCGGGGGGGGUCACAGGACAAGGUAAGGAUCGGGGGGAUCGCAGGACAAGGUAAGGAUCGGGGGGGGUCACAGGACAAGGUAAGGAUCGGGGGAUCGCAGGACAAGGUAAGGAUCGGGGGAUAACAGGACAAGGUAAGGAUCGGGGGAUCGCAGGACAAGGUAAGGAUCGGGGGAUCACAGGACAAGGUAAGGAUCGG